AUGGUUGCAGCGGUGGCUCGUACUGCUUCCAUGCUCGAGACUGACUUGAAGGGACUCCUGGGCUCGGCAACCUUGGACGCCCUCAUCUUGAACGCGGGCUGCCUCAACCUUGAGAAAUCCUCGACGAAGCAAGGUCUGGAGAUGACCAUGGGAGUUUGCCAUUUCGGCCACUUCCUUUUCACCGCGCUUGUCUGGCCUUGCCUCUCCGCUGAUGCACGGAUCGUACCAGUGUCCAGCGUAGGGCACACCUGGACCAAAACCGGAAUCGAUUUCGAGGACAUCAACUGGGACAAGCGCAACUAUGACGCCUACGAGGUCUACUUCCAAGCCAAGCUUGCGAACGUUUACUUCACCAAGGAACUUGGGCGACGAUCAGAAGCUGCAGGUCUAAAAAUCACAGCCACGACGCUGUCCCCUGGUUUCGGGAGGAGUGGGCUCUACCGUGACUUCACUGGCUGCAUGGACUGCGUUGCAGGCUGGGUAUCCGAAGAGAAUGACAAGCUUUCCAUCAAUACCAUGAGGGCUGCGACCGACAUGACCUUGAAGAAUGGAGAUUACUUGGUGCCGAAACGCAUGGGCUUCUACGGCCCACCGAUUGUGGUCCCAGCAUCUGAGUUGUCAGAAGACAAGACGAUUGCCACGAAGCUGUGGGCCAAAUCAGAGGAGAUUGUGGGACAAAAGUUUCAGAUUGGCUGA